GCAAUCUUCAAGUACAUCUUCACACGUCGCCAUGUGACAGAAGGAAGUGAUGCAGCAGGAGAGCAGAGUCCUGCGGUCAGCACGUUUGUUAUGUUAAAGAAGCCUCUGUGAGGAUGAGAACGGCCGGCGUGUGACAGCUGUUGGAUAAACCCCCCCCCCCCGGUGUGAUGACUGCAGCCAGCAGAUCCAGGUCUCUCUACCAGAGACUGAGCAGCGACGUCAAACACAGCCUGUCUGCGUUCUCGCCGGCUCCACACACUCCGGCCGCCGCCGCCACAGCGAGCUCGCUCAGGGACGCUGACCCGGUGGUCCUGGCCAUCAGGAGAGGAGACCUGGACGCCGUUAACGAUCUGGCCUCAUCCUCCGCUCACAGCCUGCUGAAGGAGAACAAAGACGGCUGGAUGCCCCUGCAUGAGGCUGCCUACAGCGGGCAGGCGGAGUGUGUGAAGGCCCUGCUGAGGGCUCAUCCAGGUUCGGUGGACAAGCGGACGCUGCAGGAGCAGACGGCGCUGCUGCUGGCUGUGUGCGGCCGCCACUUGUCGUGUGUGCGGAGCCUUCUGGAAGCCGGCGCUGACCCCGACAUCAGCAGCAACAACAAAGACACCCCUUUGUACAAAGCAUGUGAGCUGGAGAGCGUGGACAUGGCGAGCCUGGUCCUCUCGUACGGGGCCACGGUGAACCAGCGGUGCGGUCGGGGCUGGACGGCUCUGCACGAGGCCGUGUCCAGAGACAACACCGACCUCUGCGACAUGCUGCUGAGAGCCAGAGCCUCCAUCAACCCCCCCAACACCUACAGCGUCACGCCUCUGAUCGUCGCCGCUCAGAGAGGACGGGCCCGGGCGCUGCGGUUCCUGAUUGAGAAGGGUGCAGAUGUGAACAUGCAGGCGUGCGACGGCGUCACGGCGCUGCACGAGGCCAGCAAAGAAGGUCACCAGGAAGUGGUGGCUCUGCUGCUGGCUCAGAACGCAGAUGCCAACAGAGCCACGGACUCGGGCCUGCUGCCUCUGCACGUUGCCGCGCAGUACGGACACCACCAGAUCGUGUCCCUGCUGGUGCCGGUGACGAGCCGGGCCCGGCUCCGGCACAGCGCGGUCACCCCCCUGCACCUGGCGGCCCAGCACGACAGACACGCGGCGGCAGCUGUGCUUCUGAAGACAGGUGCAGACGUGAACGCCACCCUGGCCGGCAGCCGCUCCGCCGGGUAUGCCGACGGACGCGCCACGGCCCUCUACUUCUCCGUGGCCAGCGGCGGCACCAGGACGGCAGAGCUGCUGCUGAGGGCCGGCGCCAGUCCCGGCCUGGACCCGGUCAGUCCUCUGCUCAUGGCGGUGCGCCGCGGCUGCCUCAGCACCGUGGCGUUGCUGCUGGAGAAAGGAGCCGACGUCGACGCCACGGCCCCGUCGAUCGCCACCACCUUCCCAGCUGUCGUUGCGCUUUGUGUGAAUAAUCUGCCUCUGCUCAAGUGCCUUUUGGCAAACGGCUGUGACGCCCUGAGCUGCUUUACCUGCACUUACGGCGGAGCCCCUCACCCGGCUUCAGCAGGAGCCCAAACUCUCCUCUCCCAGAGGGACAGCAUGCUUCAUUUAAACUGCAGUGAACCGGCAGAAAGAGCAACACAGUUUUGUGAGUGGAUCUCGUCAGCGGCCAUGUGUGAAUGGGCAGGCCCGACCGUGGACCUGCUGCUGGAGCACGUCGGCCAAGUCCAGCUGUGCCACAAGCUCAGCGAGCUCCUGGACAGGCGCGACGAAUGGCGCUCCGUCAAGAGGAAGUCACUGUCUCCACGCCCGCUGCUGCACCUCUGUCGGUUGAGGAUCAGAAGCCAGAUGGGAAGAGACAGACUGAGAUCCAUCCCCAGCCUGCCGCUGCCGCAGAGGCUGAUCACAUACCUGAGUCUGGCUGACUGACUUUAGGAUGAACUCCGAGCUCCAUAGUCCUCUGAGACGUGACUAAUUUUAUCUCUCCGUGCUUCCUUUUUUAGCUGCAUCUGAACUUCUCCAAUCUGUAAAUGAUCCUCGCAAAGAAAUCCUCUAUAAAUAUCUGUUUAUAAUAUAUGUGAUGUGACAGCGAGGUGCUUUAAUCUGAAUGUUUUCGCCACAUAAACCUCCAGUGAAAUGAUCCAGCCCCCACAAGACGUCCUUGAAGAAGUUGAAUCAUUUAUUUAAAA